AUUUCCUCAUCAUGGCCAUUUGCAUCUCAGCUACAGCAAGCCUGUCAUGUCUUCUCUUGCCUGACGCUUCUUUCGCAGAUAGAAAAUGGUUCCAAUGGAGGUAUUGAAUGGGGUCCAAAAAGUUCCAGAACCCAGUCCAGAAAGUGUGAGCCUGAAGGUUCUAGAUCCCAGCCCAGACAAUGAAAGAACCAUUCACGGUUUCGCCCACACCAUGGCUGAAGACAUAAUAUACUCAGCUACAUAUGAGUCCUCAUCCGGGUGUCCUCCAAUCCAGGAGAGACUGGCUGAGAAGUUAGCCUCUCUGGCCAUCACAGCUGCCUUGAAGGAAGCAAUUAGAAGUGAGAUCUUUUGGUCUAAUACAAGAUCUUGGUCAUUUUCCAACCCCAGCCCAUCCUCAGAUAGAAGGGAGCAGGGACUACACAAUACAAGACAUGGGGAGGUUCAUAUGCACACAGAGAUGAGUGGCAAUGGUGAGAAACCUCAAUAUAAUCCCAAUGUGACCAUCAAGUCCCACAGCUCUGGAUCAUCCACCUCCACUUCACAACCCUCCAAACACACCCACUCCUACUGCUCCUUCUUACCCCAGUCGGGGCUUCCUACAGUGGGAUCACUGGACUACCCAGAUGCCCCCCCAACCACCCCUCUUUUUUCAGAGAUGGUCCAGAGCAGGGCUAGCUUUACCCAAAAACUAAAGGGGGGUUUGGCUAAAGAGUUCCUCCCCUCUCCCCCUCCCCCUACCCCUAAGGAAAAGCACAGAGAGGGGGGGCUCGCAUUGGAGACUGUGGGGGAGGUCGAGGACACCCGGGAGGGGGAGGAUUUCAUUGAGCGUCUGUUGAGCUCUCUUUCUCUGGAGUGUUCUGAGAGAGAGAAAGUUUUGAAAGAAGAGGAAGAGUUUGAUUUACCAACAGGUAUUUUGAUGGACAGUUAUGAAGAGCGAGGACCCCACGGAAGGAGAGCCAAGCUGAUGGCAUAUAUGGAUGCAUUAUAUGUGGAUGCACUCUCUGAUGAGAUCACCACCUGGAUGACAAAUAACAUGACAAAUAUUGACGGCCUCUCUCUGAUAUGUGAUCAAAUGGUUGAUCAAAUCAUCACAUCCUCCAUGAGUGAGGUGAGGCUGAGGAAGUACGUUGGAAGGCUGGUCUCAGAUGCACUCUCCAUGGGAUGGGAAGAGCAGAAGGCAGCCUCUCUCCAGGACUCCCUGGUUCUCCGGCAGGAGGAGAUAGGGAGAAGGGAACCAAACCCAAUGGACCAAGGGGCUCAUCUAAUUGUCUAUCCCUAUCCAACCAAUCCCAACCAGUCAUCCAGCAUCCAACUUUGCUCACCCAAAACGAAUGAGAUGGAUCUGGAUCUGACCACUAACACAGCCCACCCUCCAGCCCACUCGCCAACCUCUGUAAUCAGUCAAUCCUAUGCUGAAGACUUGGCCCGAGCUGUGGUGAGGUGUUGUGUAAUGGAAGCCUCCAGGAAGCAGUGUAUGUAGCUCUCCAGGGUUGCAUCCCAAAUUACACCCUAAAUCCCUGUAUGGUGGACUACUUUUGACCAGAUCUCUGGUCAAAAAAAAUGCACCAUAUAGGGAAUAUGUGUAGUUUUCCAGGCUGGUUGGACUGUGUUGGACAGCCUGGUGGUAAAAAAUAAACUAACUGACCCCAAGAGGGCGACAUUAGGGUAAUAUACAGCUCCUGAACAAAGUGUUGGAGAUGGAAAAGAGUUGGUAAUGUUACAUGAGCUAUAGACCUAAUUAAGAAUGGUCUUUAAAUUUGCGAACUUCUGAUGAUAUUGCCACAAGGUUGGAGUUAGUGGUCAAAAUGACAUGCUAGUAUUGUCAGAACCGAUGAGGUUGAUGUACAUGGGCUAUAAGCUAAAUCCAACAUGAAGAAUGCAUUGUUUAUGUAUAAUUGCUUACUGACAAUAUGCCACAAGGUUAGAGUUAGUGGUCAGACAAUGUUGUUGUGCACUUGAACCUGAACUGUAACUUUAACUGAAAGAGAAAAUUGACAAUAUUUGCCUCUUCAUUCAUUCACAUAGAAGUAGUCCAUUUCACCCCCUUCAACAUGCAUACUAUAAACAGACCAAUCUCAUCUUGUCUCCUCUUAUUAUCUUUGGUUGAUGAAAAAAAAACAAGCAUGGUGGAGCACACAAACUACCCAUCAUCGGGUUACUUUCGAUAUCUAGAAAGUGUUUUACUCAAUUAUUUCACUCACCCAUGAUGUGAUUAAUUAUAAAUAGUAAUUGCUAUUAGCUCAUUCAUAUUGUAGUUUCUGUAAGCCGAUAGUUAUAAAAAUAUGACCGCUUGUAUUAUAUCAAUCUUUCCUCAGAUAGCGCUAGGACAAAUGCAGUUUACAUUUUUCCAGUUUAGAUGAUUGUGUUAUGCUGUAGCUACUUCUGUGAAUGUCUGAAUAUUGCAUCCAAAAAUAAACUGUUCCCAUUCUGGACAUAACUUUGUAAGGACUCUGUUUGUGCAAAUUGUCUCUGAAAAAACUGUGGCCAGCUCAAAUUCUG